GGUUGGCGACAUUUGAAGCUCGUCGUCGAAUAUUUUUGUCCUUCGAUGCUGCCAUGGCUAGCUUUGGCGAUGCUUAAUUUUCUCACUUGGUUGUCCUAGAAAUCUGUUUUUGAAUUCCCUUCUGCUUCAAUUUCAAACGCGUGUUAUAUCGGGUGAAGAUUUGACAGCUGGAGAAUCAAAUACUGGCGAUUCAAGUGCUCGAAAUGCUCGAAACUUCACCGAUUUCCCUGGUUCUCUUACCGGUAUGAGUGGUGUGGUUUAAGCAGCUUCGUCUUUCACUAGUUUGCAGAAGCAAGAUCCGCCUCGCAACCAACGGCCUCCGCCUUACGGUCUUACAAUCUCUGUAAGAUCAUUAGGUGGACAUGGCUGUGGUAUCAUCAUUAAUGCUGGCGCCCUCCUUAACCAAUGUACAUCGGGCUCCAGCCCCUUUUAGUUACGAGUAUCAUGGAACUAAGAAGGCAUCGGUCGUGGUGCGAUGCACGCUUCAAAAUUCUGUACAAUCCGCUGCAGUGGCGACGACGGCUGCUGCUUUGUUAAUAUUUGUUCCUAUGGGCGAGGUAUCACUUGCACAGCCAAAACCGAACGGUGGAAGCAUGUGUGAGAUCGCGGCGGAUCUCGAUGCAAGCGGAAUUCUGAAUCUGAACGCAGGCUCUGAGGGCGAUGAUGCAGGCGGUCCUCUAAUAAUGUCGGCAGGAAUGACUAUGAAGAACUUCAACCCUGCUCGCUAUUCUGGUCGUUGGUAUGAAGUUGCGUCUCUGAAACUCGGGUUUGCUGGACAGGGUCAACAAGACUGUCAUUGCACACAGGGCAUCUACAGCUAUAAUGACGCCAAACAGUCAAUUGAGGUGGAGACGUUCUGCGUUCAUGGGAGUCCAACGGGCUACAUCACGGGAAUUCGUGGCAGAGUUCAGUGCGUGACAGAUAGAGAGCUUGCCAAACUCAAGCUUAGUGAGUUUGAAAGAAUGCAGAUGCUGCAACAAAAGUGCUACUUGCGCUUCCCCAAUCUUCCAUUCAUUCCCAGACAGCCCUACAAUGUGCUCGACACUGACUAUGACAGUUACGCCCUUGUGUCAGGGGCCAAGGAUGCUAGCUUCAUACAGAUUUAUUCUCGCACACCCAACCCAGGGCGGGACUUUAUCGACACACAGAAGGCAGCCCUAGCCAAGUUGGGCUAUAGUGAUGACAUAGUAGACACUCCUCAGGACUGCGAAGAGCAAUCAGUAGAACAGCUGGAAGCCAUGAUGGCCAGUCCUGGCAUGGAGAGCGUGCUGAACAAUACCUUCGAGCCACUCAGGCUUAGCAAGGGGGUCCAGCUCAAUCCCUUCACUAGCAAUCUGGAGACCAUCAAGAAACUGAUUCAGCUCUACUUGCCGAAGUUCGGCAAAUGAUGUGUGGUAGACCCUAUGUAGAAAACCAUUCACUUGUUUCUGUUGCAUAAUUUUACUUUGAUUUAACUGCGCCUACAUGGUCCUCAA